UGCCGACAAAAAGCACAGCCGAGCCAAGCCAACGUGCGAGAAUGGUCGGGGGCGAGCCGGGGACGAUCACGCUGCGAGCCAAAACGUUUGCCCGGCUGGAUAAACUCAAGCAGCAGCAACAGCAAGGCGGGGCAGCAACGAACGAUGGCAGCGUGGAGGGUACGUUUUCCGGCUCUUCUUCCGCAUCAGGGUCCACCGCAUUCUCCUCCUUCAGUCCAGCGGGGUUGCAGCCUGCAUCAUGGCCGACAUCCUCGUCCACCUCAGAUCCCUGGGCGUCGUCCGCAAACACCUCUCAUGACCCCCGUCUUCAAUUGAGCAAUAACAAGCUCUUAUCAGUGCCGGCGCUGUCCGAUGCCACCAAAGAAACGACAUCUGCGCCUGCAACUGUAACUGUACAUGGAUCUACGACGACCAAGCCCAAGGCCAUUCAUCAGGCUCGCAGGCCAAUGAUGAUCUUGCCCGAGGUCUGCACGUCCAGCACAACCGCCACGCUGGUAGCAGACAGCAUCAGAGACGGUCACAGUGCCUCCAAGAUUGCGUCGGAAGAGAUAAAAGGCAGCUUGGUGUUAUCAUCCCUCCACCCCGGGCAGACAGAUGCCAGCAACGGCACCACCGCCAGCACCACAGCGACUUCAUUGUCCGCACUCGCAGCGGUGGUUCUGGAUGUGCAGACCUUAGGAAAUGCUGUUUCUGCUUCAAGCCCUUGUUCUGAACUAGGUCAGCCGAUGACUGCUUCUGCCAUGCCGGAGAUUUCCGUGUCAGUGUCUCCGCCAUCCAAGCCGCUAGAUGGUACUGCAUCUCCAGCUGACGAUCGAAGCAAUCUACAAAACGGCCUCAUCUCCGCCGAGGUACAGCAGCUCCCUCCUCCAAUGCUGCCAAUCAUUGAACAUGGUGGGCCCAUCUCCCCUCUCGUCACAUCUUCCCUGCCUCCCCGUUCAUCCGAACCAUACAACGAGUACGAAGCCUCGUCCUCCCAUCCUGGUCUGGUCAAUCUCGGGAACACGUGCUUCCUCAACUCAAUCCUACAAGCGACCAGUGCGACGCGAGCUCUCCGAGACCUCGUCACGGGAGAAUUUCUCGGCCCCGCCGUUGGCGAACUUCUAGCUGCGGACGCGUCCGAUGGGAGCGAUGGCUGGCCAGAGUCAUCUGCAUAUGCAUCCACAUCGACACCGGAAGAGAAGCACAAGAUCCAAGUGCUCAGGCGCAUGCAGAUGCAUUGGGACGCAUUGCGGGAGCAGAGCCCCGCGCUGAUGGUCUGUGACGACGAGUAUGGAAGGGGCAAGUCACCAUCCUGGCCCAUUGCAACAAACGGAAAGACCGAUGAACAAAGUCACGAGCAGAAAUCCGUUGAGCUGACGGCCGCGGACAUGCCCAUGACAAUGGCACUUUUGCACCUUCUCGUCAAGACAUGGAACUUCAAGACGCCUGCGGCCACCACUCUUGACAGCAACACCAAUCCGUCCUCAUCCACCUCUUUCCUUAGGAAAGUCACGCCCUCGAGCAAUUCAUCCAACGGCUCUGGCGCUGCGCCGCCCACAACACUGAACCCGAAAGAGCUCCUAAAAUCGCUAGGCAAGGCCUAUGAGCAAUACAACGACUACGAGCAGCAGGACUGCCACGAGGUGCUUCGAUUAUUGCUGGACAGCUGCCGGAUGGAAGAGAUCGACGUCAUCAAAAAACUUCGUCCUACGCCGCUGACAGAUGAAGGCAAUAAGGAAGGGACGCCAUCGAGCGAUGGAAGCAUCAAGAGUAUACGAGGAGAUGAAGCGCACGUAGCGCUGGAACGCCCGCUGCGCCCUCUGGUAGACGUGGUCUUCGCGGGAAAGCUAGCCAGUAUGAUUAUUUGCCAAGGUUGUGGCUAUGUCUCGCACACCUACGAAGACUUUUAUGACCUGUCCCUGUCGAUUCGUCCUGACUUGGAACCCCGUCAAAGGAAACGCGAUCGAUUCUUUCGGCUAGCAGAGCGCUGGGCUCGCCGAUCGUCAACGCCCACGAAUGCGGCAGCAGCAGCGGCUGGGACAUCUUUCACGGCGAGUACAGCUGCUGCCAUUCGUGCAGGCGCAGGCUCUGCCGCUCUGCCCUCCGGGCCCGUCUCGCCCCACCAGGCAUCACCGAGUGCGAGCCUUAACCUGCCGCCCCGGCCCGUCAGCGCGUACGACGCCCGAACGCGCAAGUCAGUCGGUCUGCCCAAGCGCGACGCUCAAAAGCAUGAUGCAGUCGCUUCUGCUGCUGCAGCGGUCCACAACGGCUCUGCGGAAUCAGAUGGGCACCAGGCAGAUGCGGAUUGGCGCUCUUCCAGCCCUGCCGAGCCGCCUGCGAAACCGAAAGGCUGGGCAGCGUGGGGGCUCGGAAAUGGCGGCGGCGCGCUAGAUGGGCAGCGCCGACGAAGGAUGAGCGCCGAAGCGUCUACCUUGUCCAGCUUGAAGGCGCUGCCAGCAGCAGGCGGAGGAGGUGGAGAAUGUGAAGGCGCGCCUGUCGUGCGAGAUCGGUUUUUUGGCUUGCGCAAGCCAAGUCAGCGCAAGAAAAAGAAAGAGCACAAGGCGGCCAGCGGGAUGGACAGCGGUACUGAGACCGAAAUGGCGACCCUCUCACUGGCACCAGUUCCUGUACGCGCCGGCGGACUCGACUUCUCUAACUACAGCAUAGAGCCAAAGUGCGAAGAGGAUCACAGCGAGUCGGAAACCGAAAAUUCCAAGCCCUUCAUGCCGAUGGUCAAACGGGUUCCUAGCGGCCUGAGCAACCGCCUCUUCCGUUCUCGUAGCGGCGCAAAGUCGCCUGUGUCGGAAGACGGAGGGAACAUCAUCAGCGUGUUGGAAAGUGCUGCUAAUCGUACUAAUGCAGCUCAGCUGGUCGCGCCAAGCCGCGAUGGUAGCCCUGCCCCCCAGACACUUGCCCCAGCUACGGCUCUCUCUACCAGUCGCCCCCCGUCCAGUGCUCGCAACACACCUGAUCAUAUCGUAUUCAAGGAGGCGGACAAGAAAAGCAAGACGCAAGUGGAACGAGAACUCGUUGCGCCGCACUUGAUUUACAUCUCACGCAUCCUCAGCAGCGCCCCUGCCGUCGUACCGCAAGCGGGACACCUUCUGUCAGCACGCGCAUCGCUGUCUGGCUGGGCGCGGCAUUACAGCAGGCAUACGCCUUUGACCGUCAGCGAUGUCAUUACAGCGGCAGCGGCUGCUGCGCAGAAAAGCCUUGCGGGUAACACUCCUCAACAUCUAUUCGAGAAGGCCUUGUCCAGCUAUGACUCGACUCCGGCGGCGUCGCAGAGCGCGGUGCAGCUCGCUCAACAAGGUACUGGCCUCGUGGCAGCCCUGAACCAGUUCACAUCCACUGAGCUUCUGGAGGAGGAGAAUGCUUUCAAGUGCAAGCGUUGCUGGCGCAUCGAGCAUGACAGGCGGACGGGCCGACUCGACACUGCACGGCCUCAUUUCCAGACGCGGUCCAGCACUUCGGGUCGGGAGGAUGAUCUUUCCGACGAUGAGUCUGACCCCAAAAAACCUGUCUCCGAUCUCGUUUUUGUUUCCGGCAGCGAGGUCAUGAAGGCAAGCUCGUCCGCCGGGUCAGUUGUGAACGAACUACAACCGUACAAGCCGCACCCGCCUUUAGAGCGCAUCGAAAGUCUAGCGGAACCCCCUACACUGCAACCCAAGUCUUUGCCGAUUUCUGCGCCACCUCUCUCUGAAGUUCCUCGUGAGGCUGGAGACAUUCUGGAAGCUGGUUCUGAGGCUAUUGCUUCGGUGUCAGCGACGGAGCCUGAGAGACCUGUUGAGAGCAAAGCUGAGCGCGAGCGUCGAAAGGAGAAGCAAACUGUCUUGCGGAGCGCUCUCAAGCGGUACCUGAUUGCCCAUGCGCCGCCAGUUCUCGUGAUUCAAUUCAAGCGCUUCCAGUCGCUGAACCCGCUCAAAGGGACCCAGAGUUUCAAGAAAAUAGACGAUAUGGUCACGUUUCCGGAAUUCCUAGACCUCGGUCCGUGGCUUGCGCCGCCAAAGGAAGAAUACGAUAGAUAUGGUUGUCUCAAGCCUAGUUCUGAUCCAAUCGCACUCGAAGCCGAGGCUUUGAGGCUUCAGCAGGACCUGGAAGCAGACAGAGGCAGAGCCGAGCGAAAGGCGAGCGGCUCAAAGAUGGAUCGGUGGAUGUGGCGAUCGAGAUCGCCGUCAAGUAGACCGCCAGGUUCGGAAUCAUCUGACGCCCCUGGUGGAGACAUUGCGGCUGACGCCGAAGAUAAUCAGCAUCCCAAGCUGCCGCCUGCAUCAUCUCAGUAUCGGCUCUACGCUGUAGUGGUUCACCAAGGGUCGAUGUCAAGCGGUCAUUACACCGCCUACGUCUUAUCCGACCGUGUACGGUUCAAGUCGCCGGCUGCGCGAGAUCAAAAUGGCGACGAGUUAGUCCAGCACUUGGUACCACAAGACAAGGAGCGGGAUCUCAGACGCGGCUGGGUCUUCUGCUCUGACGACACAAUUCGUGGAGCAAGCUGGGAGGAGGUGGCCAAGAGCAAGGCGUACAUGCUUUUUUAUGAGCGUAUGCUGUAAUUACUCUAUCUGUCAGCCACAUCAAUAUGGCUUUUCUGGCGACCCAAGCAAAUUGCAUACGAGGUUCGCCGUGCAAGCUACACUCCAUCAUCGUUAUCUUUAAAGUUGGCCAUCGGAUCGUCGAAGAUCUGCC